CAACGCCAGGUUGAAUGGUUAUAAAAGAAGAGAAAAUUUACUCUGCGUAGUCAGUGUGUUGUAUGAUAGGAAGAUGCAUCGUUGGCGUGGAAAAGUAGCGAUCGUGACCGGAGCGAGUGCUGGUAUCGGUGCAGCGAUAGCGAAAGCAUUGCCAAGCCACGAUAUCAAAGUGGUCGGUCUGGCGAGAAAUAUAGAGAAACUGGAAAAACUUGCGGACGAAUUAGGAAGAGAUAAAUUUUUCCCAAUUAAAUGUGACGUUACAAAAGAAGAAGAUAUUUUGAAAGCAUGCAAAUGGGUCGAAAAAGAAUUGGGAGGUGCUGAUAUUUUAAUAAACAAUGCUGGCGUCGCCCAAUUAAAUGCUUUGAUUGAUCAAAAAACUGAAGAUUAUCGUAACGUCUUGGAUACUAAUUUAUUGGCACCGGCAAUUUUUUCACGAGAAGUAAUAUUGUCUAUUAAGAAACGAAAUGCACAAGGGCAUAUAAUCAAUAUAUCUAGUAUAUCUGAAUCUCAUCUCGAUGCCAUUCUUAUACCAUUGGGCAUGUAUGGCGCGUCUAAAAGUGGUCUACGCAGUUUAGGCUCGGAACUUCGAAAUGAAAUCAUUGUGAAAGAACUGGAUAUUAAAGUCACGAAUAUUGCACCAGGAACAGUAAUAACGGAUAUGUUGACAAAUGCGGUUGGAUCUAAUGUUAAUAUUCCAAGUACUAUUUUAUUACCUGAAGAUAUCGCGGAUGCAGUAGUUUAUGCAUUAGGAACACCAAUAAGAAUAGAAAUUCCACAAAUCACGAUAAUACCACACAAUGAAUCAUUCAUUCCGAAAUUUGCAUUACAAAUUCUGUCAAAUAUCUCAAAUAAAUACAAAGAAGAAAAUAAAUAAUUUAAUCAUAUUGAA